AUGAUUGGGGCCUCGGAUUCUCCGCCAGUAGAUGAUAUUGCGCAAUGCCCCAUCGGAUCCUCAACUGCUGGUCGACCAACUGUUGUAGCACUGGUUGCUCUUGCAAUGGCUGGUACGAUUGUCCCCUCAGUUGUGGAUCUUGCACCUACUACUCAUCGAUAUGGUACUCAAUUGAAGCACGAUAUCAAGCAACCCAAGAGAUAUUGCAAAACAAAUUUGGACUCUAUGAAGCAGAAGUACCAGGGUUCCACAAGAAUCAAAAGAGCUCAACUCCAAGCUCUUAGGAAAGAGUUUGAAGUCCAACAGAUGAAAGAAGGUGUGAGUGUUGAUGCAUAUUUUGCUCGAACUCUCACCAUUGCAAACAAGAUGAAAAUUCAUGGCGAACACAUGAAACAAGUGGUGAUUAUUGAAAAAAUCUUGAGAUUAAUGAUCUCAAGAUUUGACUAUGUUAUAUGCUCGAUUGAAGAGUCUAAUAACUUAGACACUUUAACAAUCGAUGAAUUUCAAAGCAGCUUGCUGGUACAUGAACAAAGACUGAAUGGACGUGUAAGUGAUAAACAAGCACUAAAGAUGACAUACGAUAAUAGAUUCGGUGGAAGAGGAGUUGAUCGAGCUCGUGAAGUUUUUCGAGGAAGAGGUAGAGGAAGAGGAAGAGGAAGAGGAAGAGAUAGACAUUCAUUCAACAAAACUACAGUUGAGUGUUAUAAGUGUCAUCAGUUAGGACACUUUAGAUAUGAGCGUCCUCAAUGGGAAAAGGAAACAAAUUAUGUAGAGCUUGAGGAUGAAAAAGAAAUCUUGUUGAUGUCAUAUGUGGAGCUCGCUCAAUCAAGAAGGGAAGAUGUUUGGUUUCUUGAUUCCGGGAGUAGCAAUCAUAUGUGUGCAAACAAGGAAUGA